AUGUCGGCUGGUAUCCCAGAUCAUGCGCAGUCCGAUUCGACCGUCUUCACCACCACCGCCCAGUCACGCCACCCUCCUCGCCCGCCACCGCAGUCCGCAAGCCCACAGCCUGAUCUUCCGAUGAGUGGGAUCGCGCACCCGCGGCCGUCUACUGCGCCUGUGCAGCCGGUGAAUGCCGCCGAUGAGCAGCAGAAGGCUAGUAGUCGCGGGUCGACCAGCCAGGCACAAAAACGAAGUUUGGACUAUGUGUUAAGGAGCGGGUUAGCGGGAGGUCUGGCGGGAUGUGCUGCCAAAACCGUGGUGGCACCGCUAGACCGCGUCAAGAUCCUCUUUCAAGCAUCAAACCCCCAUUUCGCCAAAUACUCCAGCAGCUGGUCCGGUCUGGCCGCUGCACUCCGCGACAUCAAGCGCUAUGAAGGCGCAUCGGGCCUGUUCAAGGGCCACUCUGCCACUCUCCUCCGUAUCUUCCCUUACGCCGCCAUCAAAUUCCUCGCCUACGAACAGAUCCGCGCGAUCAUCAUCCCGUCGCCCGACAAGGAGACGUCUAUCCGGCGACUGGUGUCGGGCAGUUUGGCCGGCGUUACCUCUGUGUUUUUCACGUACCCAUUAGAGUUGGUCCGGGUACGACUGGCCUUCGAAACUAAACGGACGUCUCGCUCGUCUCUCACGGAUAUCUGUCGACAGAUUUAUCAUGAGCGAGUAGUACCGCCAUCAAACGGUUCUGCAGCUGUAGGGGGAGGAGCAGCCGUUGCCACCGCCGAAAACGUUUCCUCCGCCGUCAACCACGUCGUUCCGCGCACCGGGUUCGCCAAUUUCUACCGCGGCUUCGGUCCCACGAUCCUGGGGAUGCUACCAUACGCCGGGAUGUCCUUCCUCACCCACGACACAGUAGGCGACUGGCUACGGCACCCGGCCAUCGCUAAAUACACAACCCUCCCGGAGUCAGAAUCGACACGCGCCAAAAAGGGCUCACGCAGACCCCAGCUCACAGCCGCGGCGGAGCUGUCCUCCGGCGCGCUCGCCGGCCUGGUCUCGCAGACCUCUUCGUAUCCGCUCGAGGUGGUCCGGCGGCGUAUGCAGGUCGGUGGCGCGGUGGGGGAUGGGCGCCGGCUGGGUAUCGUCGAGACGGCAUCUAAGAUCUGGCUUGAGAAGGGUUUCCGUGGGUACUGGGUUGGGUUGACGAUUGGGUAUCUCAAGGUCGUGCCCAUGGUCGCGACGAGUUUCUUUGUCUAUGAGCGAUUGAAGUGGUCGCUGGGGAUUUAA